AUGCCACCAAUACGGGCUUGCGAUGUGUGCUUUAAAAGAAAGAUAGAGUGUUGCCGGCCAGGUCCCAACGUACCCUGCAACUGGUGCAGCCAUCAACAGUUAGCAUGCACAUUUAGUCGAGAAAAGAAGAAAACUACUACAAAAAGGCUCAAAGCGAAAGAUGUGGAUAGACUCUUGGAACAGAUUAAGCAGCUAGAAAGUGCUCUUGCUCAAGUUAAUCAUUCUCAAUACCCAUCUGUUGCUGAGACACCAAUUGGAAGCACACACUUCAAGCCAUCCAUUGCUGAUGAAGACGGUCACGGAACAUCCAAGAGUGCAAGGCGACAAGAUGAGAGUGCUACCCAAGACUUAAUGCCCGCCGGGCAAGAAACUAGCCGAAUACUCGAAAAUGGCAUUCCUGCACAUAUUGUUAAUGCGACUCGUCUUUUUGAGAAGAAUUGGUAUCAUAAAGGAACGCCUAUUAUUUCUAAAAAUGGCUUGGAAUGGAUUGCUUCCAGAACUGACCAGAGCACUGCAGCCCUACGGUCAUAUUUGUCUCCUGGCCAUUACAGCCAGCCAUACUGGAAGGUUCCAAGCCUUCAAGGGCAUGCUUCCCCCGGAGAACUAUGGGAUUUGCCGGAUAAGGGUCUAGUCAACAGAUGGUUCAACGUUCUCUCGCAUUCGUCCUUCCAAAUGUUGCUCCCCUCUCUCGACAAGGAGCUCUUUGAAGAGACUGUAGACGUGGCCUAUUGGACUUUUGAAGGAAUGCAUACCUCUCACUUACAUAUUUCAGCGAGAGCAUGCUUCUGGGCCGUAUGCGCUAUCAUGUCAUAUUUGAAGGUCCCUGGACAGAUCCUGUCAAGUCUCCACAGCAACAUAUGUGCAGCCAGAGCAAAGCGGUUCUUGGAGCUCUUCAAUGGUCCUGCAAACUUGGAUUUUUUACAAGCAUUAUUACUACUGUACAAAUACCAAACAGCAACUGGACAGUAUAGCACUGCUGUGGUGUUGCAUUCAGCAGCUUGCCGCACGGUUUGCGAGCUCAAUGGCCAUUCUUAUCAGCUAUUGAAGCGCAAUGAGGGUGAGAACUCUCUCAUCGAGGGCCGAAAAAGUCAUAUCCGAAAGUUGUUCUGGUUAUGUUAUCUUACCGACAAAGACCUUGCUCUAUUAUCGGGACUGCCUCCUGCUCUCGCUAAUGAGUAUUGCGAUGUAGGUGGACCCGAGGAGUAUUUAAGCCAUGAUAAUUUCCUGCUUGGGUUUAAUGAAGGCGCAGAUGCCAGCGAUAUCAACACCAUUUCUUGGGAUAGAGCCAUCUCAUUUCUCCCUGGUAACCCGCCUCUUGGAGUACUAAAAGAGAAAAUAUUUCGGCUACUUUACUCGCCCUUAGCUCUGAAGAUUAUCGACAGUGAACUCCUCACUCGAAUCCGCCACUUGGAUGAUGAACUCGAGGGCUGGCGCUUGUCUGUUGCUCAUGAUAUCCGCCCCAAGCUAUCGAUCACCCAGAGCCAAAGCUUGUCACCUACUGGGACAUUUCCAAGCUAUUUGAGAUCAGUGCAACUACAAUUAGAAUAUCAUUACCUUUUGACAGUCAUCCAUACACCAGUUAGGAGAUUUGGAGCUGCCCAAGAUGCAGAAACUAGUCCACCUGAGGAACUUCAUAGUGUCAUGCACUCAAGCAUUGACCUAUCGCUAGAGGCCAGCCGCUCAACUUUGCGACUAUUAAACGAACCAAUCGCCAUGUUAAAGCAAAAUAAUUUCUGGCAUAGCAUCAUCUACCCGCUUGUAGCUGCCAUGUCAUUGUUUGUCAACAUUCUGAUACAUCCCGUUGGCCGCCAAGCCGCAGCCGAUGCGGACUCACUCGCUUUGGCGCUGGAUAUUAUUGCAAAGAUGCGAUCAUCAGCUACUUCAGACGGCGAAUCGAAAGACACUAGGCAAGCGUACCAACUGAUAACUGAGUUGUCAAAGCUUGCAAAUGCAGCCAUUUUGAAAGCGGGCGCAAUCGCUAGGACGAAUAGAUCACCCGUCAGUAAAGGUGGACACUUACACUGA